UUGUUUUACUUUUCAGAAAUUGGUGUAGGCUUGGCAGGGUUUGGUAUGACCUUUCUGUUCCUUGGAGUGCUCUUACUCUUUGAUAAAGGAUUAUUAGCUAUUGGAAAUAUCCUGUUCAUAAGUGGUCUCGCAUGUGUGAUAGGCAUCCAGAGGACUUUCUUCUUUUUCUUUCAGCGGCAUAAAAUCAAAGCAUCUGUGGUGUUCUUUGGUGGCAUCACAAUUGUUCUCCUCGGAUGGCCUAUGGUGGGCAUGAUAGCGGAGAUAUAUGGAUUCCUAUUAUUGUUUAGGUAA